GGAGGCAGGGACAGAAAAGCCAGUUCUUCCACCCGGGAGCUCCGCAGGCUCCAUUUCGGCUCUCCUCAUCCCUCUCAUUCAACGGAAGCAUGUUUCUCGCAAAGGCGUUUUUGGAAGGGGCAGAUCGAGGCCUCGGGGAAGCCCUGGGAGGCCUUCUUGGAGGAGGAGGUCAGAGACGAGGAGGAGGAGGAGGAGGACGGGGCAAUGUUGGAGGGAUCGUUGGCGGACUUGUGAAUCUCAUCAGCGAGGCCGCGGCAGCUCAGUACACCCCAGAGCCACCUCCCACCCAGCAGCAUUUCACCAACGUGGAGGCCAGCGAGAGCGAGGAGGUCAGGCGGUUUCGGCAACACUUUGCCCAGCUGGCGGGCCCGGACAUGGAGGUGGGGGCCACCGACCUCAUGCACAUUCUCAACAAAGUCCUCUCUAAGCACAAGGAUCUGAAGACCGAGGGCUUCAGCCUGGACACCUGCCGGAGCAUCGUGUCCGUGAUGGACAACGACACGAACGGGAAGCUGGGCUUUGAGGAGUUUAAGUACCUGUGGGGCAACCUGAAGAAGUGGCAGUGCGUGUACAAGCAGCACGACCAGGCCCGCGCCGGGGCCCUGCCGCCUUCCCAGCUGCGGGGCGCUCUGCAGGCCGCGGGCUUCCAGCUCAACGACCAGCUGUACCACAUGAUCGUCCGGCGGUACGCCGACGACGAGGACGGCAGCAUGGACUUCAACAGCUUCAUCAGCUGCCUGGUCCGCCUGGAUGCCAUGUUCCGGGCCUUCAAGUCCCUGGAUAGAGAUGCGGACGGCCGGAUCCAGGUGUCCAUCCAGGAGUGGCUGCAGCUGACCAUGUAUUCCUGAGGCGGGCUCUGAGGGGGCAGCCCCCCAUCCCCAGAGGACGGGACUGCCUGCCGAAAGCACCCCCCAUGCUGUCCGCGUGGCUGCAGAUGCCCGCCCCCCAGCUGUCACCUCCCGGCGACCUCUUCUGCAACCGGCAUGUGCUGGACUCGCUGCUUUUACUGCUUAAUUAAAACAGAUUUGCCACGAGAAGGCUUGUGA